AGCUCUCCAGAAAUAUCGUGACGCUACUGGUUGCUUCACGAUAUUUCUGACUCCACGCCGAGGGCUAUAUAAGUCGGUCGAGUACGCUAUAUUCAACCUCUUUCCCUCUUCAUAGACAAUUAACAGGAUAAUCUUCGACACACUCAUUCAGCCAGCCAUCACGGUUGUUUCGGCACACUCAUCCACACAUCGAGUUCCUGCUGCUUUGAUAUCCACACUCCAACAUGACUUCGUUCGACGCUUACACAGACAAGGCAGCCAAAGCUCUCGCCGACAGCUUUGAGCUCGCCAAAGGCUAUGCACAUGCACAACUCACGCCGAUACAUCUCGCCGUCUCCCUCAUCGAUCCGCCGCCGGACGAGACGAACAAGGUCGACAAGCCCCUGACACCCUUCUUCCGCCAAGUCAUCGACCGCGCGAAUGGCGACCCGCAGCUGGCAGAGCGAAGCCUCAAGAAAGCUCUGGUACGGUUACCAAGCCAGGACCCGCCGCCGGAGCGAACCUCACCCUCGCCAGCUAUGGCCAAAGUCCUACGGUCCGCCGAGGAGCUCGCCCGAACACAGAAGGACAGCUAUAUCGCGAUAGAGCAUCUCAUUCAGUGCCUGGCGCAGGAUGCCGCCGUCCAGCGGUGUCUAGCCGAGGCCAACAUCCCCAGCUCCAAGCAGAUCGAUCAGGCUGUUCAGGCCAUUCGCGGCACCCGCCGAGUCGACUCAAAGACAGCAGAUGCGGAGUCAGAGAAUGAGAACUUGAAGAAGUUCACCAUCGAUAUGACGGCCAUGGCGCGGGAAGGCAAGAUCGACCCAGUCAUUGGCCGUGAGGAGGAGAUCCGACGAGUCAUCCGCAUCCUGUCACGGCGAACCAAGAACAACCCCGUCCUCAUCGGUGAGCCCGGUGUUGGUAAGACCACAGUUGUCGAGGGUCUUGCCCGCCGAAUCGUCGACGCCGAUGUCCCCGCCAACCUCGCAGCUUGCAAGCUGCUCUCUCUCGACGUGGGGGCUUUGGUCGCCGGCAGCAAAUACCGAGGAGAGUUCGAAGAGCGCAUGAAGGGUGUCCUGAAGGAGAUUGAGGAGUCCAGGGAGAUGAUAGUAUUGUUCGUGGACGAAAUCCAUCUACUUAUGGGAGCUGGUUCUUCCGGAGAGGGCGGCAUGGACGCUGCCAACCUUCUGAAGCCCAUGCUGGCCCGUGGACAGCUUCACUGUAUCGGCGCUACGACCCUCGGCGAAUACAGGAAGUACAUCGAGAAGGACCAGGCUUUCGAGCGACGUUUCCAGCAGAUUCUGGUGAAGGAGCCGACGAUUCCCGAGACCAUCUCAAUUCUCCGUGGACUGAAGGAGCGGUACGAGACGCAUCACGGUGUCACCAUUUUGGAUGGUGCCAUCGUGUCUGCUGCGACUCUGGCCGCUCGAUAUCUUACCCAGCGACGUCUCCCCGAUUCGGCGGUCGACCUUAUCGAUGAGGCUGCCGCCGCGGUCCGCGUUACUCGGGAGUCACAACCAGAAGCCCUCGACAACAUGGAGCGUCGUCUGCGCCAAUUGCAGAUUGAGAUCCACGCUCUGGAGCGUGAGAAGGAUGACGCUUCGCGAACUCGUCUGAAGGAGGCUAAGGCGGAAGCUGCUAAUAUCGAAGAAGAGCUGAAGCCUCUGAAGGAGAUGUAUGAGCGCGAGAAGGGCAGAAGCAAAGAGAUUCAAGAGGCGAAGAUGAAGCUUGAGAACCUCAAUAACAAACUCGCCGAGGCGGAGCGUGUCCGCGACCUCCAAACCGCCUCCGACCUUGCAUACUACGCUAUCCCGGACCUCAAGCAACGCAUCGCCGAGCUCGAGCAGGAGAAGAAGAAGGCAGAUGUCGAGAUGUGGGCUCACCAGGCGGGUGGCGGCGAGGUCCUCCUCAGUGAUGCCGUCGGACCGGAUCAGAUCAACGAAAUUGUAGCUCGUUGGACCGGCAUUCCAGUCACCCGGCUGAAGACCACCGAGAAAGACAAGUUGCUCCACAUGGAGCGUCACCUCGCCAAGAUUGUGGUUGGUCAGAGAGAAGCAGUCAAUGCUGUAUCCAAUGCUAUUCGGCUCCAGCGGUCCGGUCUUGCGAAUCCCAACCAACCACCAAGCUUCCUCUUCUGCGGUCCUUCUGGUACCGGUAAGACACUGCUUACCAAGGCUCUUGCCGAGUUCCUCUUCGACGAUCCGAAGGCCAUGAUCCGCUUCGAUAUGUCGGAAUACCAGGAGCGUCACUCGCUCAGCAGGAUGAUUGGCGCCCCGCCAGGGUAUGUCGGUCACGAUGCUGGAGGCCAGCUCACCGAAGCUCUUCGCCGCCGCCCAUUCUCCAUCCUCCUCUUCGACGAGGUAGAGAAAGCCGCGAAGGAAGUCCUCACCGUUCUCCUGCAGCUCAUGGACGACGGCCGCAUCACCGACGGCCAAGGCAGGAUUGUCGAUGCAAAGAACUCCAUCGUCGUCAUGACCUCCAACAUCGGCGCUGAAUACCUCUCGCGGGCCAAUGCGCCGGACGGCAAGAUUGACCCCACUACGAAGGAAAUGGUCAUGGGCGCUAUCCGCAACUAUUUCCUCCCCGAGUUCCUCAACCGUAUCUCCUCCAUCGUCAUCUUCAAUCGCCUCUCGAAGAAGGAGAUCCGGAAGAUUGUCGAUAUACGCAUGAUCGAAAUCCAGAAACGUCUUAAUGCCAACGGCCGCAAUGUGAGCAUCGACAUGUCGCCCGAGGUCCGCGAUUAUCUUGGGUCCGCGGGUUACUCGCCUGCGUACGGUGCUCGCCCUCUGGCUCGUCUCAUCGAAAAGGAGGUCCUGAACCGCAUGGCUGUCAUGAUCCUCCGUGGCAGCAUCAAAGACGGUGAAGUCGCAAGGGUCGUCUUGGAAGAUGGUCAUAUCCAGGUCCUGCCCAACCACACCGACAGCGAGGAAGACUCAGAGAUGUACGAUGAGUCCGAUGCGGUUGCCGAGAUGGAUGACGAGGUCGAUGGAGGGAUGGAUCUCUACGAGUAAAACAUCCUAUCACGAGUAGAUGAGGAGAGGUAGAAUGCUCACGUAGACACAGGAUUAGGUGAUCCGGGGUCUAGAGCGAGAAGACCUUUCGAUUCUCAGCACAGUAACAGGGGUAUUAUGCUACAUCUUUCGGGAAGUUCAGCAUGCAAAAGACAUGCGAUC